UGUAUAUUUGAAUCAUGUAUGUGAGAUGUAUAUACGUUUAACAUACAAGAUAUUUUUUUCACAUUAUGGAAAAAAAAUGCAUAUACAUAGAAUAUCCGAUGUUAUAUGGGUAUCUUUAUGUAUGCGUAUAAUAUGUCAUAACCUUUAUAUACUUAUAUGUACAUGUAAUCUGAUAAUCUUUAAUAUAUUAAUAUAUUAAUACAUUACAAAGUAAUUCAAAUACACACACACACACACACACAUAUAUAUAUAGUUAUUGCAAUAAUAAAAACUAUUUUUUUAAUAAUCCUGUAUGUACAUCUAUCUACUUAAAAUUAAAAUUAAAUUUACUUUUGUAAUUUUCAUAAUUGGCUUGUAUCAUUGAUAAUCUCUUCGUGUUUUCAUUUGUAUAUACGAAGAUUGGUUAAUUAUCUUACUACAUGUAUUUAAUUCCUGCAACCGUUUAUGAAGAGCAGUUUGCAUGUACUGGCAAUAGUUUCGUCUUGGAUGUUGUUGUCUACGUGCUGUAUUACAGCUUCUAAACAAUAAAUAAAUUGAUUGAUCAGUUGGAUGAGCUGUCAGAUUAGAUAUGGGUAGCGUUUAAGAUAAUACGCAUCAAAUUGCAUUGCGGUAAGUUUUUGAGAAUAUUAUCUUUUGUAAGUCAAUAGUUAAAAUCUAUGUAGUACAAGAUGCAAUUUAAUUUAAUUUUAAAAACCAAAUGCGAUGCUAUUUUGACGUAGUAAAAUUAUAAAUUCUGUUAUGUAGAUAUUUAUGAUCUAACCGUCACAAUGAAUUAUCUCUUCCUUUCCUCGAUAAGCUGCUUCUUCAUUUCAUCCACGGUUGCAUGAUUGCAUUUUUCAAUAUCUAUACAAAUAUCAGUCAGGAAAACUACCAGUUUUUAUGAAAUAUUAUCAUUUUAAUUACACUUAAAAUGUAAUUUGUUCUGACAUAUUAGAUUUGCACACUCGCCGAUCAAGAAUUUGAUUUGACCUAGAUAAUUGUACGUUCAAUUCUAUUGAAGUGCAAAUGUGUGAUUUUUUUAUAAACUAAAUAAGACAAAUAUUCAUCAAAUCUAAAAGUGAGAUUGUUAAUGGAAAGCUUAGACAUCAAAGAAAAAAUUCUAAUUGGUAUAUAAUAUGAUGUAUUAUAACCUGUAAUGUAUAACGUAUAAUACAGAUGUACAGUUGUAUUAAAAAAUUUGGAAAAAUGAUGAUUUCUUCAGGAAAAAAAGUUAAAAUUGUUAUUAAUUUAUAUAUAAAAAGUGUUAGUAUAUGUAUACAAAAAAUUAGUAGGCACAGAUACAAGAUAAUGUAUUAAAUAAAUUAUUGCAAUAUUAAAAGCUUAUUAUUUAAAUAAUGUAAUAAUGCAGCACUUAUUUACUUACGAAUAAUCAUAAAUUUAUUAAUUUUCUUAAUGGAUUCGUAUCACUGACCAUUGUCUUUUAUUUUUUACAUUUUUACGUAUCAAGCUUAAUUAACUCUUAUUAAAUACAAUUAAUUUAUUAAAACCGCUUGUAUAAAUACUGCAUGCAACCAAAUGUCGCAAAAGUAACACGUUGUCCUCCAUUCUACGUGAAACAGAAAGAGUUUACUACUCAUGUACUUGUCACUGUAUUGCUUCCCUAUUUAAUUUUUUAUAUUCUUAAGAAAGCUUCUCAUUAUGUUUCGCUAAAAUGUUUGUACUGCGAAAAACGUCAAUAUAAUUAACAGUUAGGUUCGUUUGUGAAACUAUUUAGAACGUCGAUUAACAAGAAGUAAAAAUGGAGAAAAAAAUCCAUGAGCAAACAAAAAAUAACUUGCCUUCGAUAGAGUACAUCUUCCGUCCAAUAACAUAUAUUUCCUGGCUCCUAGGUGUCGGCAUUGCACAUCCGCGCAAAUGCCUCAAAUGUGUUACGAUAAUCCUACGUAUAAUUCAUUUUGCCUUGUGUUCUAUUAGCGUGAUAUACAAUUUCAAAAAUUUUCUCAAUUCCAACAACGACUUCGAUCUUGAAAGCGACAUAUACAAGUGUUUACGCUUUAUGAACUUGGUGAUAAGUCAUGUAUCCACGUAUUACUACAUUUUUCAAGUAAUCGGGCAAUACGACAAGUGGCUUGAACUGAUGGACAAAAUGAAGGAACUCGAUCAGAAGAUUAUAAAGGAAAUGCCUAUAAGUAGCAGACCAAUAAAAAUUGUGGAAACGCUAGCGAUUUUAGCGACGGUCACUUGUUGUCCUUUGUGCCUGAUUGCGGACGUCUUGUAUUAUUACUUUACAAAUAAAGAACAAAUCGGGAUAGACUUGACAGUUUAUUACAGGUCAGCCCAAUCCCUAAUCAACAGCUUCGUCUUUGACGUUGUUGUUUUUGUGUUAUAUUAUAGAUUACAAGCGAUAAAUAAAUUGGCCGGCCAAUUGGAUGAAAUAUCCGAUGCGUUAGGGAUAGCGCUUAAGAUCAAACGCAUCCGUAAACUCCAUAAUGGUAUUUGUGAUCUUGUCAUCAUGGUAAAUGAUAUUCAUGGUUUUCAUCUUCUCCUCUGUUCGGUGAACUGUCUUACUAUGGUCGUAACUGAACUAUUUGCAAUUUACACAGUAAUUAUGGAGAAAAAUAACACGUUUAUGUUGAUACAUAUUAUCUUACCGAUUCUGUACAUCACACAAUUUGGUCUGAUGUGCUGGAUUUGCACACUUUUACGUCGAGAAAUCGAUAAGAUUAUUUACACAAUUGUACUGAAUUUCAAACCUGUAAACCUUGAAUUAAAAGAGAGGAGUCAAUCAAAUCUAGAAAUGCAAACAUCAGUGGAAGGUCCGAACAGCGGCCAAAAUUCUAUUUGGAGCACCAGUCACAGUCCGAACAACUUUGCCACGGAAAAUUUGAGCAAAAAUUUGAACCGUGACUGUGUUAGAAGAGAGAUAAAGGAUUUUUUGAUUCAGCUGCAACAUCGUCGAGUAGUAUUUACGGCCUGUGAUUUCUUUGAAAUAAACAAUGUAGUAUUUAGCGGUUUUAUUAGCGCGAUCAUUGUUUAUUUGACAAUCUGUAUUCAAUUUUAUAAACCCACUAAACAUAUACAAAGUACUAUACAAGAGGGCUUCAAGGCUAUCAGAUUUGGGAAGUAACGCGUUUUACUUAUAACACCGUUACCGUUACAGUUAUUUUUUUUUUAAACAGCCUAGAAACGGUAUUACUUUUCUUUUUCUAUAACUGUAACGGUAACGUAGAUUUAUUUAAAAAAGACGGUAAUAAAUUUAACAGUUAUCUUUUUCAUUACUUUUCUGGUUUAAAUUUUAUAUUUAUGUCAUUUGUAUAAUUCAGUUUUAGUUAUCGACCAGUUAUUUGAUGUGGAAUUAUUAUAAGAUUUUUCAAAAUUGAAAAACUGUUUGUUAAAUUUGAUAUAGCUUUACCAAGCAGUGCAUCCGUUAAAAGGUUAUUCAAUAUUGAUAAUUUUGUAUUUCUGUUUUACCUUCUAGAGGUGUUCUACAUGUUACGAUAAUACAUGAUCUAUCCACAAAUAUUUUAAUAAUUUUAUUGUAUUUAUGGGGUCUAAAUUUAAAGAAAACGUUAUAUAAUAAAAUAUCGACUU